AAAAAAAAAAUUUGAGCAAAAAAAAAAUCGAGAAAUUAAGCAUUUGUGCAGAAGUCCCCGAUCGGAAUGAGCUACUAACUAGUGAAGUUUAGGUCACUUCAGCUUCUUACCUUCAAUCGCCGCCGCCUUCGUUGCCGUCAGCUUUCUUUCCGGCAACAGUUAUUUCUCACUAUCAUAACGAAAAGGCAUGAGUGAAUGAAUAAACUAUAGUUUCUAACUUCAAAUCAUAGCGAGUUUUUUCACCAUGCUUUCUCGUUUAAUUCCCAAAAAACCCUCUCACAUUCUUCGCUUUCUCUCUCUUCCAUCCAAAAACCCUAAUUUCCCUAAUUCCCCAAUCAAUCCCCAUUUCACCGUUUUCCCAAAACCCUACUCCAGCAACAACAACAACAAUAACAACAAAGAUCCGUUGAGUGUAUGGAAGGAUUUCGGAGAAGCCGAGGAAAAAUUUAAUAAAUUGUUCGACGAAGAAAGUGGAAAUCUUGAUGGGAUGAAUGAUGGUGAAGGAGGGGAGAGAGUUAGGAAGGAAGUUGAUGAUGAACAAAAAUGGUAUUUGGAAGAAAAGGGUAUUGAUAAUGAAGAUGAAGAUGCUUUGUUUAAAGGAAUUGAUAAGGAAACUGAGGUGAAAGAUAGUGGAAGUGGUGAUUUUGGUGACCAUAUUGGUGUUGGAGCAGAUAAUGUUGAUGAACCUUGGAAUUUGAAAGAAGAUACCGGUGAUGUUUUUGGUUUCAAAGAGGAUGAUGAUGUGAGUAAGGAACAGGAUGUUGGGGAGCUUAAUGUUGUUGAGGGUCCGAGUCAAGAGGAAGUUCAGAAGCUUGAGAAGGAAGAGAAAGAGCUCAUUGCUGUUCUUGAAGGAACGAAAGCUUUUGGUGACUUGAUUGCUGCUUCUGGAAUCACCGACGAAAUGCUUGAGAGUUUGAUCGCGUUGAAAGAUCUUAAAGAUGUUGAUGGGUUGCCACCUCUUAGUGAAAUAGAGCAAAUGCGCUAUGAGAGGAAUACUGGCAUAUCCACCAGAGGUGAAAUGGAGCGUCUAAAGCAAGAAGAAGCGGCCAAAGCUAGAGUGAGACAAGUAGAUGAUAAGGGACGUGCCUAUGGAACCGGAAGGAGAAAAUGCAGUAUAGCACGUGUGUGGGUUCAGCCUGGUAACGGUAAAUUUAUGGUCAACGAUAAAGAGUUUGACGUCUAUUUCCCUAUGCUCGAUCAUCGUGCUACUCUCCUUAGACCUUUCUCUGAGACAAAGACAUUGGGGCUCUGGGAUGUUAAUUGUACCGUGAAAGGUGGUGGUGUUUCAGGGCAAGUUGGAGCUAUACGUUUGGGUGUUAGCAGGGCUUUGCAAAGUUGGGAACCAGAUUUGCGGCCUGCACUUAGAAGUGUCGGCUUCCUGACGAGGGAUUCAAGAGUAGUAGAAAGGAAAAAACCUGGAAAGGCCAAAGCAAGAAAAAGUUUUCAAUGGGUCAAGCGUUAAAAGAGUAUCAUUUUCUGGAUGGCAUUUUUUGUUUGGAAUUUUGCAAUCCUCAAUAAUUUUUUAAACUUCAUUGAUCUUUGUACUGCAUCACAUGUGAUGUUAAUCAAUGUUUGAAUUUCAAGGACACUAAUGAUAGAAGAUUUUGUUCACCUUAGAUUUGUGUUAUGAUGAGUCAUUCACGCUUUUUGGAGAGAGCUACUAGUUGCAAUUUCUUAUAUUAGUCCUAACUACAUAAUGAAUAUUAUAUAAUGGAAAAUUGGUCUGUUGUAUUAGGGAUAUGUUAUAUCCAUUCUGCUUAUUUUUGUGUAGUUAUUAUUUGUUUUUGGUAUACUUGUACUAUUUAUGUUUCAAUUGGGAACAAUUCAUGUUA